UCACCUUCAUCAACACUGUUGAAAGAAAGAAAAAUGCCCGUGCUAUCUCCCGAAAUCAAAUUUGAGACUUCUAAUGUCACCAGAAAUUCCCUGAAGAGUUGUUUCCUUUUUGAGAGUUGCUGGAGGAAAGCAGUUUUAGAAACGCAAAAGAUAAGGAAAGAAUACACCACGGCAUUUGGUCUAGAAGAGCUCAAAGAAUGUGUCAAAAUGCCAUAUUUACCAGGAUUGCAGAGUUGCCAAAAAAGCGUGAGUUCCUCUCCACCAGCGGCUCCCCCCAGACUGCUGUGUGUGGGCACGGAGAUACCCCCAGUCAGGGUAAAGAGGACAAAGGAGACGUGCCCUGUGGUGCCCCUUCAGGAGAAGUCGAAAGGUUCUGUCUUCAGCAACCCUCUCCCUGGAGCACCGUCCCAGUACUUACAGAGACUUUCCAAAAUGGCCAUACUGGAGUACGAGACCAUUCGCCAAGAAACGACCAGAAAAUCGAAGAAGGGGAGGAAACGCGAUUUGCGAGACUGCUGAUGAGUCUCACGUGGCGCGAGGCCUUCUCCACCCACUUUCGAGGUUUAUACUUGUUUCCUUUCUUUUGAUACGUGAUAUG